CUCCGUGCCCGCAUCCCGGCAAAGCAGCGGCGGCCUCUCGGGCUGAUGUCAUCGGCCGCUUGCGAGAGGCUGUGCCUGCGCGCUCGAGCCGAGAGGGGGAACCGAGCCGCCAGUUGCGCGGGCCACGCAGCCUCGGCAGCGACGACGACUAGCCGCAGGUUGGAGCUGCUCCUGGGCUGACGGAUGCGGGGAGAUGUAGGCAGCCGGAGCGCGGCUCCUCUUGCUAGCUGAGCUUCUGCCGGAUCCCGGGAAGGGCGCUUGGGCUGCGAGGGAUUCCGCCGACGGUGCAGGGCGAAAGGAAAGCCGGAGAGCCGCCGCCGCGCUUGGCAAGGAUGCGCACUUCGUCGCAGCUGGCGGCGCCUUGUCUUGUCCCCGCUGCCGGGCUCCGGGCUCUGGCCCAGCGCAGGCAGCCGACGCCCCAGUGAUCGCAGCUGGAGGAGAGCGAGCCCCGCCGGCGCUGAGGGACGCUCGCCAGGCUCCGCCGCGGACGCUUUCUCGCUCCACCAAGCGAAGCUCUUUCCUCUCUGGGCAGGGCCCGUAGGCAGGGGAGAAGUUGGCGGCCCCUCUCGCCGCCCCCCGUCCUGCCCGAACCCGCCGGAAUCCAAGCCACGCCGCGGCCGCUGCCCCCUUCCCACGUUCCGAGGGGCAGCGGAGAGACGCGGCAGGCGGUGGCGCCGGAUUUCUUCUCUACACAGAAGGUCCUGGGCAGAUUUCUGUCAUCACACAUGAUUGGAAAGCAAAGGAGAGGAUCACACCCACUGCACCCCUAGAAGCCAAUCAGCUUGCAUCCUGACACGAUCUUCCUUGGGUGAAAGAUAGGAUGGUGGUGGGCGAGUUGAGCAUGUAUAGCCCAAUCCUGGCCUGCUGGCAGCCCAUUCUCAUCUUGAUGUUGGGAUCCAUCCUCUCAGGCUCUGCCACAGGUUGCCCACCCCGCUGUGACUGUUCUGCCCAGGAGCGCUCGGUGCUGUGCCACCGGAAGCGGUUCCUGGCUGUCCCUGAGGGCAUCCCCACGGAGACAAAGCUCUUGGACCUGGGAAAGAACCGCAUCAAGACUCUCAACCAGGAUGAAUUUGCCAAUUUUCCUCACUUGGAGGAGCUGGAGUUAAACGAGAACAUUAUCAGUGCCAUUGAGCCGGGGGCUUUCAAUAACCUUUUCAACCUCAGGACUCUGGGUCUCAGGAGCAACAGGCUCAAACUCAUCCCACUCGGGGUGUUCACUGGACUCAGCAAUCUCACCAAGUUGGACAUUAGCGAGAACAAAAUUGUGAUCCUCCUGGAUUAUAUGUUCCAGGACUUGUACAAUCUGAAGUCUUUGGAGGUUGGGGACAAUGACCUGGUCUACAUCUCCCACCGGGCCUUCAGCGGCCUCAACAGCUUAGAGCAGCUGACUUUGGAAAAAUGCAACCUGACGUCCAUCCCCACAGAAGCUCUCUCUCACUUGCACGGUUUGAUUGUGCUGCGGUUGCGCCACCUGAACAUCAACGCCAUCAGGGAUUACUCAUUUAAGAGGCUCUACAGACUCAAGGUUCUGGAGAUUUCACACUGGCCCUACUUAGAUACCAUGACAUCCAACUGCCUCUACGGGCUUAACUUGACAUCCUUGUCCAUCACCCACUGCAACCUGACUUCCAUCCCUUACGUCUCCUUGAGGCACUUAGUUUAUCUCAGGUUCCUGAACCUGUCCUACAAUCCCAUCAUCACCAUCGAAGGCUCCAUGCUUCACGAUCUACUCAGGCUUCAGGAGAUACAGCUGGUUGGUGGCCAGCUCACCAUGGUGGAACCGUACGCUUUCCGGGGCCUGAACUACUUGCGCAUUUUGAAUGUUUCAGGGAACCUCCUGAGCACCUUGGAAGAGUCAGCCUUCCACUCUGUGGGGAAUCUGGAGACUCUCAUCAUAGACAACAACCCUCUGGCUUGUGACUGCCGGCUUCUCUGGAUUUUCCGCCGCCGUUGGAGGCUCAAUUUCAACAAGCGUCAACCCACCUGUGCAACCCCUGAAUUUGUCCAAGGCAAAGAGUUCAAGGACUUUUCUGAGGCACUCCUGCCCAACUACUUCAUCUGCCGCCGGUCCCGGAUAAGGGACCGCAAGCCCCAGCAGAUCUUUGUGGAUGAGGGCCACACGGUCCAGUUCAUCUGCCGUGCGGAUGGAGACCCACCUCCGACCAUCAUGUGGCUCUCGCCAAGGAAGCACCUCAUCUCUACCAAAACCAAUGGGCGGCUCACCGUCUUCCCUGAUGGCACUCUUGAGGUGCGCUAUGCCCAGAUCCAAGACAAUGGCACCUACCUAUGCAUCGCCAGCAAUGCUGGCGGCAACGACACCAUGCUGGCCCACCUGCACGUCCGCAGCUACUCCCCCGACUGGCCCCACCAGCCCAACAAGACCUUUGCUUUCAUCUCCAACCAGCCCAACGAGAGCGACGCCAACAGCACGCGAGCCACGGUGCCUUUCCCCUUUGACAUCAAGACCCUCAUCAUUGCCACCACGAUGGGCUUCAUCUCCUUCCUGGGGGUCGUCCUCUUCUGCCUGGUGCUCCUCUUCCUUUGGAGCCGGGGCAAAGGCAACACCAAGCACAACAUCGAAAUAGAGUAUGUCCCGCGCAAAUCCGAUGCCGGCAUCAGCUCUGCCGCGGAUGCGCCACGCAAGUUCAACAUGAAAAUGAUCUGAGGAAGGGAGAGAGAGCAAUGGCUGGAACUCAGUAAUGAGAGGCGCGCGUGUGUGGGGUUUUUUAAUAAAAAAGAUUGAAUAAUAAAGAGAUCCAGUUCAAGAAACAUGCAAACCUCUCUUCUCUCCACCCAGCUCCCCACCCUCCUUCUGUGGCCCACAAUCCUGCAUCACUUCCCCCUUGACCUCUUGGGGGGGGGUUUCUGCUGACGUCUCCAGAACUUCCCAUGUUUGUAGGACCUAUUCUGACAGACUCCAGUGCCGAUCCUAAGAGUGACAGGAAAUUCAACAAGAAUUCAAAACAACAAUUGAUUUAAAAAAGAAAGUUACGAACUUCCUCUGUAACUUUGAUUUCAAUAAUUAUGGAUUUUUAUGAAAACUUGAAAUAAUAAUAAAAAAACUAUUUCCUAUA